AUGGACCGGCAGCCUAGUCGUUUUGACUGGGCUCAUUCAUCGUGUUUUCGUUUUUUGCAUGUGUUAUUUUGGUCGUGGCUCAAUCCUAUUCUCUCCUUGGGCUAUAAGCGUGAGCUGACUGAUGAAGAUCUCGAUGAUUUGUCCGCAAAUGACAAGUGCUCCGUCUUGUUACGUAAAUUUAGCUAUUAUUGUGAUAAUAACGUAUGGUCAACAAAUACAACAACAUGGCGUUUGAUUAUGCGAGCCUUUUGGAAGCAAAAUGUGCUCAUCAUUUUCAUGCUAUUAUCGUACACAGCGGUUCGGGUUGCUCAACCACUUCUUCUCCGACAGAUCGUGCUAUACAUCAGUCAACAACCGCAUCCACCAGCAACAUCAUUUAUGGCGUAUGUUGGCUAUCUGUAUGCUGUUGCCUUAUUUGGAUGUUCGGCUGCACAAGCUUUCAUCCAUCAACAGGCCUAUUUUCGUACGACCCGUAUGGGUAUGCGUGUUCGUAUUGCGCUCUCGGCAACUAUUUACAAACGUUUAUUAUCGCUCAAUACGGCAUCCUUACAACAGGCAACAACCGCUGCGCAAACAAUCAAUUUGGUCGCCAAUGAUGCAAGCAAAUUCGAAGAGUUUUGCCAGUACAUGCAUUAUCUUUGGGAAGCACCACUUCAGGCCCUUGUUGCAUUCGGUCUUAUCUGGUGGUCGAUUGGUAUAUUACCCACAUUGUUUGGUUAUGGUAUAAUUGUCAUUCUUAUUCCCUUGCAGCUGGCAUUUGGUCGAUGGUUUAGUCAAUAUCGCAAGACAACAAUGAUAUGUGCAGAUAAACGUGUGCAGGCAGUAAACGAACUUGUCAAUGGAUGUCAGAUUGUCAAAAUGUACAAUUGGGAAAAGCCAAUGGAGCAACGAGUGCGUGACUUGCGUCAAAAUGAAUUGGCCAGCAUUCUGCGAGCCAGUCGUCUGCGUGCAAUCAACAUGGGUUUAUAUUUUUCGUCGUUGCCACUCAUCUCUUUGGCAACAUUCGGUGGCUCCUGGCUCAUGGGCCAUAAACUAGAACCAGUCAACAUUUUCACUGCUCUCACCUUUUUCGGCAUGAUACGAGUGCCGGUGACCAAUUAUUUGCCAGUUGCUAUCGAACGUUUUGCCGAAAUGCUAGCUGCUUCGAAACGUAUCGAUGCAUUUAUGCGAUUAACAAAAUUACAGCAGCAGACGCCACCUGAAACACAGACGGGAACAACAGCAAUUUGUAUGAGUAAUGCAUCCUUCUCAUGGGCGGACGCCACUUGUCUGUCCGAUAUCACAAUGACGAUACAGUCGGGUACUUUAGUAGGCAUUGUGGGGCCUGUAGGAGCUGGCAAGUCGUCGUUAUUAUCCGCUAUUCUUGGCGAAAUGACUCUGAUGAGUGGUGAUAUGAAAGUGUACGGUUCCUUCUCGUACGCUGCCCAAUCGCCAUGGAUCUUUGCAGACACGAUUCGGGCCAAUAUUCUCCUUGGCAAACCACUUGAUGAACAACGCUAUACAAAUGUACUACAAGCAUGCUGUCUCGACGUUGAUCUGAUGGCAUUCGGAGAAGUCGGCGAUUUGACGAUGAUCGGUGAGAAAGGUGUUAAUGUCAGUGGUGGACAAAAAGCACGGAUUGCGCUGGCCCGUGCACUCUAUAUUGAUGCAGAUAUCUAUUUGCUCGACGAUCCACUUGCCGCUGUAGAUCAAUCAGUGGCUCGACGAAUUUAUGAUCAGUGUAUUGGACCGAAUGGGUUGUUAAAACAAAAAACGCGUCUCUUGGUCACUCAUCAAACACACUUUUUAACCGAAUCUGCAUAUCAAAAAAUAUUCCUGAAAAACAGUCAUAUUGAGACAGAAGGACAUUUCGAGCAAGGCAUGGAUAUGCAGUCAACAAAAAGUGAUGGUGAAGAGGAAAGAGAGACAACACCACCAUUACUACUCGAUUUAGUCAAGACCACUGUCGACAAUAAAUCAAUUAUAGUAAAUGAAACGGCAGCAGUUGGUGCUGUGAUCUGGUCAAUUUGGUAUAGACUAUUCACCUCGACCUCCUUUGGUAACUUUGGCUUCUGCCUACUCAUUGUCAUAAUGCUCCUCGGGGAAGCAAUGUUCGACGUCUCUAAUCGAUGGUUCAGUUUAUGGUCGGCUAAAUCAUAUGAUGAACAAAGAUCAUUCUUACAGAUAUACGUCUAUUUGGGCUUGACAUUGGGCACACUUGUUGUCGCAUUACUGCGUGCUCAGUAUUACUUUUAUCUCAUAUUACGCGGUUCAAACAGUUUGCACAACAAAAUGCUCACUGGUAUAUUGUAUACAUCGCUUCGCUUCUUCGAAAGUAAUCCGAGUGGGCGUAUUUUGAAUAGAGCAAGUAAGGAUCAACAAGUGAUCGAUGAAUUAUUACCAAUGACACUGUUUGAUGCUUUGCAAUGCUUACUAAUGACAUUGGGAUCGUUGGUCGUGAUUGGCAUUGUCAAUCCGUGGGCGUUACUUAUACUUGUCCCUCUAUUGCCUGCCUUUUGGUGGUUACGUCGUUUCUAUCUGCGUUCAAGUCGUCAAAUAAAGCGAUUAGAGAGUGUAACACGUAGUCCUGUUUACGCCCUCUUCUCAUCGUCAUUAAAUGGAGGUCUUGCUACAAUUCGUGCAUUCAGUGUUCAAGAGGACUUUGUACAAUUGUUCAUCGAUCGAGUAGAUACUAAUACACGUGCCUUUUUCAUACUUAUUGCUGCUGUACGCUGGUUCGGUGUAAGACUCGAUCUCAUGACAUCACUACUCUCAUUGCUCACGGCUGUUCUGACAAUAGCAUUGCGUGCUCGUAUUGAUCCAUCCUCGGCGGCACUUAGCUUAAUGUAUUGUAUAAAUUUAACAAUGCUCUUUCAAUGGGCUGUAAGACAGUCGGCCGAAGCCGAAAAUUAUAUGACAAGUGCUGAGCGCAUUUAUGAAUACGGCCAAUUAGUACCCGAAGAGGAUGAAAAUAACAACGAUCUAUUCAUACAACCACCUGAUGACUGGCCAAGUCGGGGAACGAUUCAGUUCAACAAAUAUUCAAUGCGUUAUCGACCAGAACUGGAACCUGUUCUCAGCAAUAUUGAUCUACGCAUUGAGUCAAGAGAAAAAAUAGGAAUCAUUGGUCGAACAGGUGCCGGAAAGUCUUCUUUAUUUCAAGCUAUAUUUCGGCUUGUCGAACGAAGAUCUGUUGACGGACAAAUUGUCAUUGAUGGCUUUGACAUUGGUUCUAUUUCACUUAAUCAUCUUCGUUCACGACUAAGUGUCAUUCCACAACAGCCUAUCUUGUUUGCCGGUACACUUCGCUACAAUUUGGAUCCGUUCGAACAGUUUACAGACGAACAAUGUCUUUUAGCACUCGAAUCGGUACAGCUUAAGCACUUAGUUUUCGAUCACCCAGCUGGUCUUCAUUUACUCGUAGCCGAAUCGGGUAGUAAUUUUAGUGCAGGUCAAUGUCAAUUGAUUUGUGUGGCACGAGCCAUUUUGAAGCAAAGUAAAAUAUUAAUGAUUGAUGAGGCAACAGCUAAUGUGGAUCGAACAACAGAUUCAUUAAUUCAAACCGUUAUUGCUGAUAAGUUUCGAGAUAGAACAAUUUUGACGAUUGCUCAUCGCCUAAACACGGUGGCCAAAAGUGAUCGGAUUGUUGUGUUACAUCAAGGUAUGGUAACAGAUUUUGAUAUUCCCAGCAAUAUUUUGCCUAAGCAUGGUCUCAUUCAGCAAACCGACGAUGAACUUGUGAGACUCGAUCAUGAAACCGUUGAUGAUCUAGUCCCUUUCUAA